CAUAUUAAACAAAUAUGAAUUAUUUUUAAUUAAAAAUUUUAAGAUAAAAAAAAUAUAAGAAAAAUGUUAACUUCAAUAUUAUCGGGUAUUUGUGUAAUAAUUUUUAUAUAUGCCUUAUAUAAGUUCUGUACAUAUAGGCCAGAAGGUUUUCCACCUGGACCACCUCGUAUUCCUUUGUUUGGAAGUUAUUUGUUCAUGAUGUUAUCGGAUUUUAAGUAUUUACAUAAAGGUGUUUUAAAAUUUUCAAAAUGGUAUAAUUCCGAUAUUGUUGGCUUUUUUAUGGGACCAUUUCCAGUCGUGGCAGUUCAUUGCGCCGAAGGAGUGCGUGAAAUUUUAAAUAAUUCUGAUUUUGAUGGACGUCCUCAAAUAUACCUUUCCCUUAUGCGAACACCAAACCUACAAUCGGCAGGAAUUUUCUUUGAAGAAGGUGCUUUAUGGAAAGAACAAAGACGUUUUAUUUUGCGUUAUUUAAGAGAUUUCGGGUUCGGACGACGUUUUCAGGAGUUGGAGAUGGUUAUCCAAGAAGAACUCACUGAUAUGAUGAAUUUAAUACGUAAUGGACCAAAAUAUGAACAUGAGAAACCUUAUGUCAAAGAAGGCGGUUUUCGUAUAUUGAUGCCCUAUUUCUUUAGUCCAUUUUCGGCCAAUAGUGUUUUUCACAUUAUGUACAAUGAAAGAAAACCACGUAGCGAACAAAGCCAGCUGUGGCAGUUAAUUCGUAUGGGUAUGCAAUUUCAACGCCUAGCCGACGAUUACGGUAAAUUGAUAGGAAUAAUGCCGUGGAUAAGAUACAUAUUUCCCCAAUGGAGCGCUUAUAAGCCGCUUAUGGAAUCAAAUGUGUUUAUGUAUAAAUAUUUUGAGGAGUUCAUUGACCGCCACAUAAAAACUUAUGACGAAACAAGUGAGCGUAACUUUUUAGAUAUGUAUAUAAAAGAAAUGAAAAAAGCCGAACUGGAGGGAAAUGCUGAGACGACAACAUUUCAACGAAAUCAAUUUAUAUUGAGUUUGAUUGAUUUUUCAUUUCCAGCAUUUACAGCUGUGGGCACACAACUGGCAUUUUUAGUACAGUAUUUACUUUUGUAUCCCGAGAUCCAGAAGAAAAUACAACAAGAAAUUGACGAUGUAGUUGGCAGUGGCCGCCUGCCAACAUUGGAAGAUCGUAAAUUUUGUAAUUAUACGGAGGCGUGUAUAAGAGAAAUAUUAAGAAUUGAAACAUUAGUACCCUCGGAUGUGCCACAUAAGGCUAUGUGUGAUACGGAAUUGUUGGGCUAUAAGAUACCAAAAGAAACCUUGGUUGUUCCCAGCUUGUAUGUCUAUCAUAAUGAUAAACGCGUAUGGGGUGAUCCAGAAAAUUUUAGACCCGAACGUUUUCUAGAUGAUCAGGGUAAACUAUGCUUAAAAAAAGAUGUCUCUUUUCCUUUUGGGGCAGGGAAACGUUUAUGUGCCGGAGAAACAUUUGCCAGAAAUAUGUUAUUCUUAAUGACGACGGUUAUGUGUCAAAAUUUCAAUUUCAUACUGGGUCCCACAGACAAACUUCCUGACUUAAGUACUAAUCUAAGUGGUUUAAUUACUUCACCUAAAGAUUUUUGGGUGCAAUUGGAAGAAAGAAAAUAAUAUAUGUAUUUAUUUAAAAUAACAUAACCGAGCCUUUAUAUAAAAUAUUAUGCUUACCCUCAGUAACACGAAGUCUGGUUAGGUGUUAACUAAUAGUUAUACUGACAGUUUUCAUACAAAAAUAAUUUUAACCAACAGUAUAACUAUUAGUUAACGCAUAACCAGGAUUCGUGUUAAUGGAGAUUAUACAUACAUUGUAUAUUCAAAUGAUUAAAUGGCAUAAGCAAUUGUUUCAUUAAA